AUGUGUAUUCGUUACGUCAAGGUCAAAGUGGUGACGUUUUCGGAUUGCACUGCUGGAUUGAAUUUAUUAUCAAUAAUGAGUAGAAUUAGGACAUCUCUUGGAGUUUUAAGUCUUGGAUUUGGAUUGUUCACUGCAGAAGCUUUGUAUUCAGGAAAUGAGCACUUCUAUAAGGAUUGGUUUCUACCUACUGCCCGUAUCUUAGUCCGUGAUGGUGAAACCGCCCACAAUUUAUCAGUUUACUUAGCAAGUCAUGGAUUUAUACCACAUAAACCUCGAAACUCAUUCCCUCAUCUCAAAUGUAAAGUUUUUGGACUCGAAUUCGACCAUCCCAUAGGAUUAGCUGCAGGAUUUUCACAUAUUGAAGUUGGAACUGUCACCCGGAUCCUCAGCCAGAAAGAAGCGGUAAUAAACCGAUGUGGGUUUAACAGUGAUGGACAUGAUGCUGUAUAUGAAAGACUCAAAGAUCGUCCAUGGGAAGGCCGUGGUGUAAUUGGUGUCAAUUUAGGCUGCAAUAAAACAAGUACAGAUCCAACUGCUGAUUACGUGGCAGGUGUUCGGAAGUUUGGCGAAGUAGCUGACUAUUUAGUAAUCAAUGUAUCUAGUCCAAAUACUCCAGGACUACGCUCCCUACAGACUAGAGAAAAAUUGCGAGAUCUCUUAUCUAAAGUUUUAUCAGCUCGAAAUCAAUUAUUGAAAAAAACUCCUAUUUUAUUAAAAAUCUCUCCAGAUGAAAAUGAUCAAAGUUUAAAAGAUAUAGUAGAAGUUGCUUUGAAUUCGAAAACUCGAAUAGAUGGAAUGAUCAUUUCAAAUACAACACUUGCAACUUAUGAAGAGGCUGUAGCUUGCGGUGCUGCUCCAAUACCAGGGAACAAUGAACAAAAUGUUGUAUAUGGUGGCUUAAGCGGUCGACCAUUAUUUGAAAAAUCAACAGAUUGUUUAAGGAAAGUUUCUGCAUUAACCAAAGGUGCUAUACCCUUGAUCGGUGUUGGUGGUAUCAGCUGCGGUGAAGAUGCAUUGUCCAAGUUGAAUGCCGGUGCUAGCUUAGUACAGUUAUAUACAAGUUUUGUUUAUCAGGGACCACCGGUUGCUCAUAAAGUCGCUAGAGAAAUUAAUAAAUUAAAAAUGACAUCUUUAACUCCCGACUAA